AUGGAGGGACCUCCUCCGCCUCCUCCACCCCAUGGAGAGAAUCCUCGUACGACACGUUCAAGCGGCCUACCCGAUGGCAAAUACGAUAUCUUCGUCAUACCGCCGCAUUCGGCUGGCUCUGGUUUCCUAUACUUGCCCUCGCUUAAUACACAACGAAACAGUUUUCUGGCAGGAUGUGUCUGUACCGCAGCUCUGUUCUUCUUCUACUCUGUGGCUAUGCCAGUCGCGAAGGACUGGUUCUAUACUACAGUUAAUGGCGGCGGAUCUGGUGUAAUAAUGCUAGUACUUGGUGUAGGCGUGGUCAGCUGGGCGUUAGGUAAAACACAGGGUGAAAGUACAGGAGGACCCACGUCAACAAGUGCCGCUGGUGGUGCAUCGAGCUCAUCGGGAGCUUAUGCUGAUCCACCUCCAAAACCACAACCUGGAUAUAGUUCUUAUCAUUCACCACCACCGCAGCCGCCUCCUCGUGAGCCUACCCCUCCACCUGCUCCUGGAUCCGAAGCAAAGCCUGAGCCAAAACAGCCACCCGAAGAGUCCAAAUCUCGGCCUCAAUCUCCUCCACCAAGGUCGAAAUGGCAACGGUCAGCACCAUCCACUGAUGCGAAGUCGGCGUGGGAGAAGGCACGUGAAGAGACAAGGAAACGUGAAGAGGAAAAGAAAAGAGCAGCUGAAAUACAACGGCGUCGUGACGAACUGGAGAAGGAACGUCAGAGACAACGUGAGAAGGAGACGCUCGAACGACUCGAACGAGAGUGGAAGGAGAAGAAGGCCAAGGAGGACGCGGCUGCCAAAACAGCUGAAGCUGAGAACAAGGCACAACAGGUUAAGGACGAAGCUGACAAGCGAACACAAAGGGAAAAGGAGAGGCGAGAACGUGAAGCACGUGAAGCUCUGCUCAAAGCUGCCAAAGAGGCCAGGGAGGCCAAAGAGGCUCUCGAGAAGACGCGGAAAGAAGACGAGGAACGGAGAAAGAAAGAGGAACAGGAGAAAAAGGAAGCGGAUGCCAAAGCUGCUGAGGAGCGCCGCAGAAACCUCGAAGAGGCCCGAAAGGCAGCAGAAGCCAGAUCCGCCAAGGCUAGUAACCUGUCUUCCAACAAACGUCCCCCUAUGCCAUCAGCCAGAACCGAGCAAGAUGACGACGCAUACUCAUUCCGACCGUAUGAUAGGUCCCGAGCCACCCAGAAGAGUUCUUCGGGCUCGGUGUACUCUGAUGAUUCCUACGCUCCAUCAGCAACAACAGCCAGGACUACACCUCCUCCAAGCACGAGAGGUCCAUACACAACCAAGGAUCCUGACAAGAUUAUUAUUAAAGGUGUCUAUUCUUUCAACAAUGCUUUUAUGCGUACACCCAUAUCCCAGCUCAUUUCAGGCCAAGGCAAUGUGACCGACGGACUGAUAUUACGGAUCACCACCGAAGGUCUCUUUAUUGACGAUGACGUGAGGGGUAUCCCACAGCGCGAAUGGGAUGUCAAGGCAUGGACCAUGAAACUUGCAGAGAGUGUCGAACUUCAAGGUCACCUCGUCCUCCGUGCCUCUAUUCGUGACCAGGAAGGCAAAAAGUACGUCUUCAUACUAAGUCAGACAGAGGGCUGGAAGGUUGCUGUAGGUCUCCAACGACUUCGCAAAGGCAGCCAGGUUCGAGCCCUUGGUGUAGCUGGUAUGCCCAUGAACGAAGCACGAAUGCUGCUCGAGAGUCUUGGAUGGGGCUAG